CAACAAUAAUUACCUCGUUCAGCUGCUGCAGCAGCACCACUCCUAUGGUUGAGGACAAGAAUAAUGACCUGAUUCAGCAGCAGCACCGCAACUUCUACAUAGACGUGGGAGGGACAAGAAUAAACUGGCUGGGACAAGUAUUAACACCCUGCUACAAUAGCAGCACCACGACUUUUCCCCGUUUCAAUCAUGUCAUUGCUACUAUCCCCAUUGGUACUACUAGUACUAUUCUUCAGUAUCUCACUCCAAACUUGCCAAGCCAAUUCCCAGUGUAUCAAGGGCUGUGACUUAGCUUUAGCAAACUACUAUGUCUGGGAAGGCUUAACCACGGCCUUCCUUUCCCAACUUUUCAGCAUCCCAGUUUCUACUAUUAACUCCUGGAAUCCAGUUAAUUCCCCGGACCAGUAUAUAGUCCAAGCCAAGACAAGAAUAAACAUCCCUUUUACUUGUGACUGCAUCAAUGGAGAUUUUCUGGCUCAUAUCUUCAGUUACAAUGUUUCACAGGGGGACACGUAUGAUUUAAUUGCAAAUACUUAUUAUUCUAAUUUGACUAGUUCUACUGGCCUGCAGAGAUGGAAUAGAUAUCCAGGAAAUGCAAUCCCGGUUAAUAGUGUCCUGAAUGUGACCGUUAAUUGUUCUUGUGGGGAUAAGGCAAUUUCCAAGGAUUAUGGAUUGUUUGUAACUUGGCCCAUAAGGGACGGAGAUACUUUGGACUCUGUGGCUGCUGCAAACAAUUUGAGUGCUGAUGUUGUCAGGAGAUAUAAUCCAACAGCUAGUUUUAAUGAAGAAGGUCAUCAGUUAUUCAUUCCAGGAAAAGAUGAAAGUGGAAGCUAUCGGCCUUUGAGUUCAGGAUCAGGAUUGUCUGCUGGAGCUAUUGCCGGGAUAUCUGUGGCAGUUCCGGGACUGCUGUUCUUUGCUGCUUGCUUGUAUUUUGUGGUUGACAGAACGAGGAAGGCACACAAAAUAUCUCCUAAAGUUCAAUUUAAGCGAGCUGCUUCAUCCAAAGCUUCAAACUCCGUUGGUGUUACUAAAGGGGCAUCUCCAGGCCUUGCUGGAAUAGUUGUUGAAAAAUCUGUUGAAUUCUCUUAUGAAGAGCUGGCAACGGCCACUAAUGAUUUCAGUUUAGCUAAUAAGAUUGGUGAAGGCGGCUUUGGCUCUGUUUAUUAUGCCGAGCUUAGAGGCGAGAAAGCAGCAAUCAAGAAAAUGGACUUGAAAGCAACAAGAGAAUUUCUUGCUGAAUUGAGGGUUUUAACACGUGUACAUCAUCAGAACUUGGUGCGCUUAAUUGGAUAUUGCGUUGAGGGUUCUCUUUUUCUUGUAUAUGAAUAUGUUGAGAAUGGCAACUUGAGCCAGCAUCUCCGUGGAUCAGGGAGGGACACACUGUCAUGGUCAACUAGGGUGCAAAUUGCAGUGGAUUCAGCAAGAGGUCUUGAGUACAUUCAUGAGCAUACUAUACCUCCCUAUGUCCAUCGUGACAUUAAAUCGGCAAACAUUUUGAUAGACAAUGAUUUGCAUGCUAAGGUUGCAGAUUUCGGUUUAACUAAAUUGGCUGAGGUUGGAGGUCCUUCCUUGCACUCACGUCUUGUGGGUACAUUUGGCUACAUGGCACCAGAGUAUGCUAAUCGUGGUACUGUUUCUCCUAAAGUUGAUGUCUAUGCGUUUGGUGUUAUGCUUUACGAACUAAUUUCGGCCAAGGCAGCCAUAGUUGAUGGAGGCUCUGCUACUGGCCCUAAGGGCCUUGUUACUUUGUUUGAACAAGUUUUGCCAGAUCCAAAUGAUGACCUCCGCCAUCUGGUUGACCCCAGACUUGGUGAUAAUUACCCCCUCAAAUCAGUCAGAAAGAUGUUUCAGCUAGCCAAACUUUGCACGCUCAAAAAACCUCAACUCCGACCGAGCAUGAAAUCUGUUAUCAUUACUCUAAUGACACUUUCAUCUUCCAUAGAAGAGUCUAUGAUCGGUUCCUCCUCUGGAAAAUGAAGUAUUGGGAUAUGAAACCCCUGAAACUGAUGUGCUAAGAGUAGAGAUUUCUAGUGUUGCAUCUGUGGAAACUGUGGUCUUGGGAUUUGAGGUGUACAGAGUAGAAGAUGUGACUGAAGCAGUCAAUUAAGGAUUGGAUUGCGGUUGACCUGACAAAAUUUGAGCGACUCACACUUAUUUUACAUGGGAAGGAAAAUUUUGCAAUGUAAAAUUAGUGCCAAGACUGCGGAGAUACUUGCGAUAGAACUUGCAACCGCAAUGAGUCUUUGCCCUGAGGUGUUGUGACUAAUAUCUGCAACAUGGUAGUGAGAUUGUGCCAUCAAAUAUCAAAUUCGCAGCAUCCAGGGCCCUCCCCAUCCCAGGAUGCAAGGAAAAAGAAUUAGAGUUAAUUGUGUAUAUAUGUGUGUAUAUAUAUAUAUGUAUGCCAACAAAUAUGGUUCCAGUCAAAAUUUAUAUAUGUAAGGGCAAAAAAUAUAAUCACGAAUGUUCUCAAAUAUAAUGUCUAUUA